AUGGCAAUGGAACCGGGCGCGAGCGACGCCCCCACCCCUCCGGUGGCUCCGGGCAGUGCGCCUUGGUUCCGGUUGCCGCCGAUAACGGGCACGGAGCGGCGUUCCCAGGAUGACGUGCCGCUUUCGUUUAAGGGGCUGGGCGGCAACCGCACGUCGGUGCUCUUUAACUUCCCACCGAGCCAUGCCUCGAUCGUGAUCCAGAACGAGUACGAGCAGCUCUUCCGCGCAAGCCAGCGCAUGGCGAACAUCUACGUGAGCGAGGCAGCUGAGCGACCGCGUGUGGAGGCGGCUCGGCGCGACAUUUUCAUGAGCUACCAUCAGGCACUGGACAGUCUGGAGUUCUCGCUCCUUGAUUCAUACCGUGCGCGCAAACUGCCCGCAUAUCCGCCUCCCUUUUUCGGCUGCAACCCGCCGGUCGGCAGCCCGCAAGUGGACCCGGAAGUGCAACCAACCGUUGCGGCUUCGGAGGGUGUUUCCUCGCAAAGCUAG